UUUUAAAACUCAACAUUCGAACCAAUAUUUGAAUAAGGUUUUGUUUCCCUUCAAACAGUCCAUAAACCUCUCCAAGUAAAGGUUUGAAGAACAAUUAUCAAUAGUUAAGCUUGUUCAUAACAGUUUUAUUAUAUUUAAGAAAACGUUAUAAAUAACAUAAACGCCAUAAAGGAACCUAUCAUAUCGAGAAUGUGUUGUAAAAUUAAGUGAUUUAUUUGAGUAGGACAGUUAUCAUAUUUCUAGUUUCUUCACAAACAAUAAAUAUCUAGAGCCGGUUGGUAAACGUAAACUAGGCAAAUAAUUUUAUUGGCCUAAGUUAUUAUAUGGGGCGAGUCAAUAUCAUUGAUAUUGUCGAUUAAAUGAACUUGUUUAACAAUUUCUCUGUCAACAGAUCUGAAUCGGAUGUGAAGCAAAACCAUUCAUUUGCUGAAAACGUGUGUUUAACUUAAAAGAAAACCAUUUUCUGUUUGUUUUAAUGACAUUUGGUCAAUUAUUGAGAGCUUGAAGUACACAAAAUGCCAUCAAAGUUUGUGCUUUUAUAUAAUCAAGGAAAAUAAAUUGGAAAUUUAUUUGCUCAUAAACUAAGAUAGUUAAAGUUGAUAAGAUAUGAUACAGAAAUGUGUAUCCGUUCUUCAGCUUCGGGUUCGAACGUAUUGGAGAACAAUGUGUGUUUUAGUGAUAUUUACUCUGACCGUGUUUAUAGUUUGGACAAUAUCAUAUGAUGUGUUGACAGUAGCUGGUGACGUCAAAUAUCCGGUCCAAACUGGUGCUCGCAAUAUUGCAAAAUCAAUGCGCUCAAGUUUGUUAAAUAUCUUAAAUAUAUCCGACACUGGCAGAGCAGGCUCUUUGGCAGAAACCAAUUUCACUGGUGUUGUUUUAUUGACGUAUAUGAGAAGUGGAUCAUCCCUCACAGGAGAGAUUCUACAACAAAAUGAGCACGUGUUUUACGUGUUUGAACCUCUACGAGUUCUGUCACAUCUGGUUAAAACCAAUCAACCUGUGCUAUGGUUUAACGGGACAAGAAGUCCUGUGACAGCGUUGAACAUAACAAGUGUGAAAAAGCAGACGUUAAUUGGAUGGUUGACCUGUAAUUUCUCCUUGGUUCCAUCGCAAUCGUUUGACGACUGGUAUUUUCUCUCUUUCGGAAAGAAAACAGAUGUCUAUAACAAUUGUAUUUUUAAACACUUUGGUAUAAGAUACAAUAAUCAUUAUCCGAAUUCUUCACAGACAAGUUCAAUCUUACAUAUUCGGUUGUCAGCAAUUCGUAGAGGGGAACGUGAAAAGUGUUUGCAGAAACUACAAAACACGUGUUUAUCUUCUAAAUUUAGAAUAGUUAAAACAAUACGGACGUCUAUGAGUUUAGCAGACGAAAUCUUAAAAGAUGUGUAUGGAAGUAAAAUAAUACAUUUAAUAAGGGACCCUCGGUCUACAGUUUUGUCACAGGCGCAUUAUAGUGGUUGUCCAGGCGGGAAAAGAUCCGUGGUAGCGUGUUCAAAUUUUCACUGUAAAAGAGUGGAUGAUGAUACAGAAUUUAAACAGAAGUUACUGACAGAAAAACCGGCACGAGUUAUAUACCACGCUAUACGAGCAAAUAUCCUUGAAUCCAAUUUCGUUUGCUAAAUCUUUAUACAAUUUUAUUGGAAUGGAGUUGUCAGAAGUGAUCAGUAACAGUGUUUUAAUGAUCACCACAGGUCAUAAUAUAACAGGAUGUAAAGUUUGUGAACAGUCUUGGCAAUCAAGAAAUAAAUCUUAUCUUAUUGCCAAACAAGACAAUUAUGAGACAAUGAACAGUCAUUUGUUAUCAUACGUACAAAGUGUGUGUAAAAAUACAAUAAAAUAUUACGGAUAUGAAAUCUACAAUGUUAGUCAUCGAGAAUUUCUUAGUUAUAAUAUAAUAAAUGUAUCAAAUGAC